AUGCACUUAACAAAUUUCCAAGUUUUCUUCCAGAAAGGUACAAAUGCUUUUGGUGGUGUUCUGAUUGCCACUCACCGUUCCAUUCCAACACAACGAGUUAUUAAAUAUCAAAAUGAAUUAAAUAUGAUUGUGCUUGACAUAGGUAGCUCAUCUAAUAAGUGUCAAUUAGUAACCUGUUAUUCUCCACCAAAUGAAAGUUUACCACUUAAUGUAUUUAAUGAUAUCUUACGUCGAAAUUCUAACACUAUUAUACUUGGAGAUUUAAAUGCAAAACAUACUUCGUGGUCAAAUACAACAGAUAAUCAUAAAGGACGUGUAUUAUUUGAAUGGUUAAACGAGAAUCAUUUACAAGUGAUCAACAAAUUUAUUCCCACUUCAACAAGAUCAAAAGCGGUGAUUGAUCUCAUAUUAGCACCUACAAGCAUAUGUUCUGAUUCUUUUUCUGUUCUUCCCACUGUUGGAAGCGAUCACUACCCUAUCGUCUGGUCUUCUCCACAAACAGUUCCAUCGAAAGAUCGUUUUUUUCCAGUUAAACGUACUUAUUGGUCUCUGUUUGAAUUAUUUAUUACAUUUACUUCGGCGUAUUGGGAUAAUUUAUAUACACUUAUGACUGAUAAAAUGGAUUUCUUUUGUCUUUAUGAACGCUUUUUAUCUUUAUCUUCAUCACGAUUAACUUAUGUGUCAUAUUGCAACACUUACAAGCCCUCAAUACCACCUCCAAUUAUUGAUCUGAUACAACAAAAACGUCAAUGUUUACAUCUAGUUAGGAAAACAAAACAUCCAUACCAUAUUUUACAACUAAAAUUAUAUUCACAAUAUAUAAAAAAAGAAAUGUUUGCACACAAGAGAAGAAUGUGGAGUGAGUAUUGUAAAACUCUUAACACCUGUGAUGUUAAACAAUUUUGGAGAAAAUCUCGUCGUCAUUUUUCAUCAUGUACACCACCAAUUCUUGGUUUUAUACAAAAUAAUGGAAUCAUUACUUCGUCGAUGGAAAUGUGCGAUACAGCUAAAUGUUUCUAUAUGGAACAAUUUGCUGAUCAUGAUAACAAUCAAUCGGACAUAGAGGUCGAAGCUAAUGUCGUGGAUCAUGAAUUAGUCACAGAAUUACUAAAUGCAAAAUUAGUUAGUUUUCAUAUUAAAUUCCUCGAUGUAAAGAAAUACAUUUCAUCUUUAAAGAACAAAAAUUCUACAGGACUUGAUGGUGUUUCAAAUAAAAUCAUAAAACUUUUACCUCCUUCUCAUCUUAAAUUUAUCACUUCUUCUUUUAAUCAUAUGGCUCAACAUGUAUAUUUCCCUCAACACUGGCUUACAGCAAAGAUUAUCUUAUUAUCUAAAACGAAAUUUUCAAUUGUGGACAUCAACGAUACUCGACCGAUUUCAUUACUUCCAUGCUUUUCUAAAUUGUAUGAAAAAAUAUUUCUUAGGCAUUUUCAUCAAUGGAUUACUGAUGCUGGAAUCUUACCAGAGGAACAGACUGUAUUUCGUCAAGGGCACAACAUGUCUACGAGAAUCGUAUCAAUCAUUGAUCAAAUUGGACAAGGACUAGCCCUUAAUACUGCUACAGCGGCCUUAUUUGUUGACUUUAAAAGCGCCUUUAAUCAGCUUUGGUACAAAGGAUUAUGGCUGAAGUUAAAACGACUAAACUGUCCUCUUUAUAUCAUCGCUUGGUUAAGAAAUUACCUGACUGGUCGAACAGCGUUUAUAGAAAUAAAAGGAAUUAAAUCUAGCUAUUUCCCAUUAUUCAAAGGUGUACCUCAAGGCUCAUGUGUGGGACCAGUGUUGUUCAUUGUUUUUCAUUAUGAUUUACUAAACUCAGUAUCAAAUCUUCAUUUUAAACACUUAUUUGCGGACGAUUUAGCCGUCGUUCUUUCACCUUCAGCUACUUGGUCCUCAAAAGUUCUCAUUCCAUAUCUCUCUCAACAAAUUAAUAAUGUCAUUAAAGAUCUAUAUUCUUAUUCAAUUACCUGGAAACAACCUUUAAAUUUUAAAAAGACUUUCUGGACGUUAUUUCAUCGACAGAUUUCACCAACUAUUCCUACAAUCCAUUGUGAAAAUAAUAUCAUAGAACAAGUUCCUAAGUUUAAAUAUCUAGGCAUUACACUCGAUGCAAAAUUAUCGUUUAACUUUCAUCUUCAAUACAUCAAGUUAAAAAUUCAAAAAAAAUCUGAUGGUGUUUAA